AUGCAGCGCGACGGGGAUGCGGCGGCGGCCGCCGCGGCCUCGUACCGGGUGCUCAGCCGGCUGCUGGGCUAUGGCACCGGGCCGGAGGCGGGCGCGGCGGGCGGCGCCGGUGCCGGUACCGGCGCGGCGGGCGCGGGGCCCGGCGGCGGGGGGCGGCUGCCGGGGGCCGGGCCGGCGCUGCGCAGCCCGCGGCCGCAGCUGAUGGUUUUCCGCAACGCGGCGGCCGAGGGCCGGCCCGGCGAGGACUGCGGCCCGGUAGCGGCGGCGGCGGCGGCGGCGGGCGGGGGCGUCCCGGGGGGCGGCGGGGCCGAGCUGUGCCCGCGGCACCGCUGCGCGCUGGAGCCCAAAGCGGCGGCGGGCUGGGGAGCGGCGGCGCAGAGCGGGCUGGAGCUGCAGCUGGCGGCGCUGGGGCUGCGCCCGCCGGGGCUGGGGGCCAAGGGGGCGGCGGGCGCGGCGGGCACCCCCUGCCCGUGCCUCGGGCCGCCCGCCGGCGAGGAGACCAGCGAUGCGCUGCUGGUGCUCGAGGCGCUGGAGCCCGACGAGGGCGGCAGCGGCUCCGAGGACGAGCCGGGGUCCCCCGGGCGCGGGGCCGCCCGUGCCGGCGGCAGAGCGGCAGCCACGGGCCCUGCGCAGCCGCCCGCGGGCACCGGCACCGGCACCGGCCCCGGCGGCAGGAAGGGCUCGCUCCGCAUCCGCCUCAGCCGCCUCUUCCGCACCAAGAGCUGCAGCGGCGGCUCGGCCACCGGGGACGCCGCCAGCGCCGCCGCCUCGGCCGGGAGCCUCACGGAUGUGUGCGGGGCCCGCGGCCGGGAGCAGGAGCCGGGCAGGAAACACAGACUGACAAGAACCCAAAGUGCCUUUUCCCCUGUUGUGUUCAGCCCCCUCUUCACAGGUGAGACGGUGUCACUGGUGGACGUGGACAUUUCCCAGCGAGGGCUCAGCUCCCCUCACCCUCCGACCCCUCCGCCGCCGCCCCGCCGCAGCCUCAGCCUGCUCGAUGACAUCAGUGGGACGCUGCCUCCGGCUGUGCUUGUGGGGCCCAUGGGCUCUUCCCUGCAAUCCUUCCCUCUGCCUCCGCCUCCUCCGCCCCAUGCCCCAGAGGCCUUUCCCCGGAUCGUGCCCCUGCGUCCCCCCGAGGCCCCGGGCCAGCCGCCCCCUCCUCACCUGCAGUGUCCCCUGGCCAGGCCUGACCCCAGCAGCUUUGCUGCCAGCCUGAGGGAGCUGGAGAAGUGCGGGUGGUACUGGGGCCCCAUGAACUGGGAGGACGCUGAGAUGAAGCUGAAGGGGAAACCGGACGGGUCCUUCCUGGUGCGGGACAGCUCCGACCCCCGCUACAUCCUGAGCCUGAGCUUCCGCUCUCAGGGCAUCACGCACCACACCCGCAUGGAGCACUACCGAGGGACCUUCAGCCUGUGGUGCCACCCCAAGUUCGAGGACCGCUGCCAGUCCGUGGUGGAGUUCAUCAAGAGGGCGAUCAUGCACUCCAAAAAUGGGAAAUUCCUCUACUUCCUGCGCUCCCGGGUCCCAGGUCUCCCUCCGACGCCCGUCCAGCUCCUGUACCCUGUCUCCAGGUUCAGCAACGUCAAAUCCCUGCAGCACCUUUGCCGCUUCCGGAUCCGACAGCUGGUCCGGAUCGACCACAUUCCCGAGCUCCCGCUGCCCAAGCCCCUGAUCUCCUACAUCCGCAAGUUCUACUACUACGACCCGCAGGAGGAGCAGUACCUGUCCCUCAAGGAGGCGCAGCUCAUCUCCCGACAGAAGCAGGAGCCCGAGUCCUCCACGUAGCGGGGCCGGAGCCGCCCGGCACUGACGGAAUUUGGUUGUUGCCCUCCCGCCACGGUGGGGAGGAGGCUGAGCUCCUGCUGCUGCUGCUGCUGCUGCUCCUUUCCUGGAGGAGAGGGCCCAGCAUUCCCGGGAAGCCAGCAGAGCAGGAAAAGGAAUCCUGGGGGAACCCAGCCCGGCCCCGCGGAUCCCCGCGGAACAAAGAAUGUCAUGGCACUAUUCCCGAGUUUUCCUGGAAGAUUUCAGUUUGGACGUCUCUGGAUUUUUAAAUUUUUUUUUUUUGGAUCAUCGGCAUGAGGAAAAACUGGAUUUUCUGAUCCCGCUGGAUUUUCAGAUCCCACCUUGGGAAUUUCCAGGUGGGCGAGAGGGAGGAGAGAAGGGGGAAUCCUCUGGGAAGAUCCAUCCAUCUGCUCCCAGGCGUCGUGGCAAGGCUUUGAUCCUCUCUGGAGAGCUGCAAACGGAGCCAGGGGCUGGAAGAACCCCUGGGAAUAACCCCUGGGAAUAAACAAAGUGUGGAGUUCUGAGCAGCCCCACAGCUCCCCCGCUUCCCAGGACUUGGGAUAAGAGAUCCAAACCCUCCAGGAGAGGCAGGAGCAUCCUGGGAGAAGCUUGGAGCCGUGGAAGAUGGAAGGAAGGGAGGAAGGAGGAGCGUGGGGCGUGGUGGAUCCGGAGGGAACGCUGCUGGAAGGUUCCCUGGAGCCCUGGGAAGGUGGAAGAGCUGCUGCUGGAAUUGCUGGAGCUGCCCAGCAAUCCCAGGCCUGGGAUGGGCUCUCCCAGCCUGUCCCUGGUGGGUUCCAGAGGCUGGGAAUGGAGUGAAUCCUCCUGGAGCAGCUCUCUCCUCUCCCUGGGACAUCAGGAACAAAA